AUGAAUGACCAGUAUCACCGGGCCGCCAGGGAUGGCUACUUGGAGCUCCUCAAGGAGGCCACCCGGAAGGAGCUGAAUGCCCCUGACGAGGAUGGCAUGACCCCCACCCUCUGGGCUGCCUAUCAUGGCAACCUGGAGUCUCUGCGCCUCAUUGUGAGCCGAGGGGGUGACCCGGAUAAGUGUGACAUCUGGGGAAACACACCCUUGCAUCUGGCAGCUUCUAAUGGCCACCUGCACUGCCUGUCCUUCCUCGUAUCCUUCGGGGCCAACAUCUGGUGCCUGGACAAUGACUACCACACGCCAUUGGACAUGGCCGCUAUGAAAGGCCACAUGGAGAGCGUGCGCUAUCUGGACUCGAUCGCAGCCAAGCAGAGCAGCCUCAACCCCAAGCUGGUGGGCAAGCUGAAGGACAAGGCCUUUCGUGAGGCGGAGCGGCGUAUCCGCGAGUGCGCCAAGAUGCAGCGCAAACACCACGAGCGUAUGGAGCGGCGCUACCGGCGAGAGCUGGCCGAACGCUCCGACACGCUCAGCUUCUCCAGCCUCACGUCCAGCACCCUGAGCCGCCGGCUGCAGCACCUGACGCUGGGCAGCCAGCUGCCCUACUCGCAGGCCACGCUGCACGGCACGGCCAAGGGCAAGGCCAAGAUCCAGAAGAAGCUGGAGAGGCGCAAGCAGGGGGGCGAGGGCACCUUCAAGGUAUCCGAGGACGGGCGCAAAAGCGUCCGAUCGCUCUCGGGCCUGCAGCUGGGCAGCGAUGUGAUGUUUGUGCGCCAGGGCACUUACGCCAACCCCAAAGAGUGGGGCCGUGCCCCACUCAGGGACAUGUUCCUCUCGGAUGAGGACAGCGUCUCCCGUGCCACACUGGCUGCCGAGCCUGCGCACUCGGAGGUCAGCACCGAUUCAGGCCACGAUUCCUUGUUUACUCGCCCCGGCUUGGGCACCAUGGUAUUUCGAAGGAACUAUUUGAGCAGCGGGCUGCACGGGCUGGGCCGCGAGGACGGUGGCUUGGAUGGGACAGGGACGCGGGGUCGGCUGCAGAGUUCCCCCAGCCUGGACGAUGACAGCCUGGGCAGUGCCAACAGCUUGCAGGACCGCAGUUGCGGGGAGGAGUUGCCCUGGGAUGAGCUAGACUUGGGCUUAGAUGAGGACCUGGAGCCUGAGACUAGCCCCUUGGAGACCUUCCUGGCAUCCCUGUACUUGGAGGACUUUGCCUCCCUCCUGCGGCAGGAGAAGAUUGACCUGGAGGCUCUGAUGCUGUGCUCUGACCUCGACCUCCGCAGCAUCAGCGUGCCCCUGGGGCCUCGGAAGAAGAUUCUGGGGGCCGUGAGAAGGCGCAGGCAGGCUCUGGAGCGUCCCCCGGCGCUGGAGGACACAGAGUUGUGA